ACCAUUUCUCACUCUUCAUCUCUAAACUCUCUCUCCUUCCAAAAUGGAUUCCCAAACAGAGCAUUUAGUUUCUAGAAACAGAGACCUCUCUCAGUUACUCCCUUCCUUUUUCGGCAUCCCAAACCCUAACCCUAACCCACUCCAAAAUUCCUCGGACCCAAAUCAGGACACCGGAGUCUCUCCCGUCGCCGGCGACCGGAUCGUGCUCAUAAACCCGGUGACCCAAGGCAUGGUGGUCAUAGAAGCCGGCGGCGCUGGCUCGUCUUCAUCAUCGAGCUUGGAAUCUCUGCUGCAGGACUUGCUUAGUAAAGAUAAUGGCCAGCCGCCGGCUUCGAAAGCCUCUAUUUUGUCGUUGCCGAGUGUGGAGAUUGGGGAUGGGGAAGAGAGCAAUGAGUGUGUGAUAUGCUUGGAGGUGUGGGGUUUGGGUGGAGCGGCUAAAGAAAUGCCUUGCAAGCAUGUAUUUCACCAGAACUGUAUUGAAAAGUGGUUGAAUAUUCAUGGGUCUUGCCCAGUUUGUAGGCACAAAAUGCCAGCCCAAAAUGGUGAGGAUUUGAACAAGAAGAGACAGAGGAGAGAGAUUUGGGUGAGUUUUUCUUUUGGGAGUGAUAGGAGAACUGAGGAAACAGCUCAAACUCAGCCUAUUGCUUCCAAUUCAGCUGCCCUUGAUGAUGAAAUGGAGACAUAAGAGAAUUUUUGUAAGAUUUUUUUUUUUUUAUUAAUUUUAAGUUGAACAUGUGUAUAGAGCCAAAGCUGUUGUAUACUUAAUGAUUUUUGUUUUGUGGAUUUAGAAAUAAAGUUUUGAUCUUUCUAUGUUUUU